AUGAUGUUGGGAAACUGGACAGUUGUCAGUGAGUUUGUUCUUGUGAGCUUCUCAUCCCUGUCCUCUCAGCUACAAGCUCUGUUGUUUCUCCUUUUUUUGACCAUUUACCUUGUUACCCUGAUGGGAAAUGUCCUCAUAAUCCUGGUUACUACAGCUGACUCUGCCCUCCAAAGUCCUAUGUACUUCUUCCUCAGGAACUUGUCUUUCCUGGAGAUAGGUUUCAACUUGGUUAUUGUGCCCAAGAUGCUGGGGACCCUGAUCAUCCAGGACACAACCAUCUCCUUCCUUGGCUGUGCUACCCAGAUGUACUUCUUCUUCUUCUUCGGAGCUGCUGAGUGCUGCCUGCUGGCCACCAUGGCAUAUGACCGCUACAUGGCCAUCUGUGACCCUUUGCGCUAUCCAGUCAUCAUGGGUCGCAGAGCCUGUGGCCAGCUGGCAGCUGCCUCCUGGUUCUCAGGAUUCCCAGUGGCUACUGUGCAAACCACAUGGAUUUUCAGCUUCCCUUUUUGUGGCCCCAACAGGGUGAACCACUUCUUCUGUGACAGCCCCCCUGUGAUCGCACUGGCCUGUGCUGAUACCUCUCUGUUUGAACUGGAAGCUCUAACAGCUACUGUCCUAUUCAUCCUCUUCCCUUUCUUGUUGAUCCUGGCAUCCUAUGUCCGCAUCCUCUCCACUAUCUUCAGGAUGCCCUCAGCCGAGGGGAAGCACAAGGCCUUCUCCACCUGCUCCUCCCACCUGCUGGUUGUCUCCCUCUUCUACAGCACUGCCAUCCUCACAUACUUUCGACCCCGGUCCAGCAACUCUCCUGAGAGCAAGAAGCUGUUGUCACUCUCCUACACCGUGGUGACUCCCAUGUUGAACCCCAUCAUCUACAGCUUGAGGAAUAGUGAAGUAAAGGCUGCACUAAGGCGGGCCCUCCGCAGGACCCUGGGCUUUCAGAAACUAUGACUGACUUAGAUGGAAACUGAGGGGAUAGAACACAUAGACAAAGGAAAGAAAAGCAAGGUCCUCAAAUAUGUCUUUGGUUUCUAUUCUUUCCAAGAGCCACAGUAUACACACUGGGACUUUGGACUUUCCACUGGGAUCCGUUAAUGAAUGAAAGAACAUGAGGGAUGCAAUAAAGAACUUCAGUAGGCCCAGU